AGUCGCGAGUUUGACAAUUGCAGUGCGGAAAAUAUUUUAUUUUCCCCAUUUUCUCAGUUUCCUCACUAUUUUCCACAACAGCGCACGGUGAAAAUGAGAUAAUUACAGAGAAAGAUGAUAACUCGAGGUGGCCACGAUGGUGGGAGACAUUUCGAAUCUGCUGGAGAGAUCUCAUCGAUCCCGGGACUACACACUGGUCACCGGCAGCAGCUCCGAGGACGACGAUGAUGUGACCUUUGGUGUGCCUCGGACGCGGCCGAAACGCAAGUGCUUCACCCACUGUGGCGUCAUCCUGAUCGGACUGCUCUUCCUACUCUCACUGGUCUACAUUCCCCUAUUCCGCAACAUCCAGACUCGAAUAGUCAGCAUUCCAGGAUGGAAUUACAACACCUCGAGAGACACCACGGAUUACGUUUUUCCGCAUCUCAACACGUCCCUCAUCGAGCCCAACACCCUCGACAUGGAAAACGGGGUCUUUCUCCUCAUUGUCGUGUGCUCAGCCGCCAAUAACUUUUACGCCAGGCAAACGAUCCGCGAAACAUGGGGCAACAGCAGUGAAUUCAACUAUCCGUACUUCCCGCGGAUGCACUGGAACUUUCGCGGGAAGUACCUGAAGGCGAACGUAACGCGGUGGCGAGACUUCUAUCGCGAGAACGUCACGCCGCAAUCUAGUCAGGACGCCGCGGACAAUGCCACAGGCGCAGUGCCGUCGGUGCGCGUGAAGGUUAUCUUCCUGCUGGGCCAGACGCCCAGCAACGAGACACAGAGCCAGAUCGGCGCGGAGAGCGAGCAGUUCGGCGAUGUGCUGCAGGAGGGCUUCCUGGACAGCUACAACAAUCUCACGCUGAAGUCUGUAAUGUUACUGAAGUGGGUGAGCAACAAUUGCCUGGAUCGCGUGCGUUUCGUAAUGAAGUGCGACGACGAUGUAUUCCUUAAUGUGCCGAAUCUGCUGCACAUCCUCAUGGGCGGCAUCGUGCCGGUGUACAACGACACGCUCUCCUUCUACGAUCUCUCGAGUCUCGUGGCCACGCGUAAGCGCACGGCCGUCGUGGAGCCGCAGCGGCUGCUCAUGGGCUUCCUGUUCUGCCACGCCAAGCCCAUCGCCGACGUCACCAGCAAGUGGUACUCGCCCAUCUACAUGUACAGUGGCAGCACGUAUCCCAACUACCUUUCUGGCACGGGAUACGUGAUGUCCACGGACGCCUUGACGCUGCUGUACAAUGCGUCACUGAAGACGCCGCUGUUCCACCUGGAGGAUGUCUUCCUCACGGGCAUCUGCGCCCAUCGCGUAGGCCUGAAGCCGCGCCACAGUCCGCUCUUCACCUACACGGUGGUGAAGAACUUGUGUGCCAUUCGCGGGAUGAUCACGCAGCAUCCGCUGUCGCCGGACGACAUUCGGCGUGCCUACGACUUCGUGACCAACGGCACCGUGCGUUGCGCGCCGCCGGACGUACACUUCAACAGUAAGAAGGUUUUGGGGCGCUCGAAGUUCUGCAAGUGAUGUCGGGGCGGUGAAAGUUCUGCGCAAACCUUUAGGUGAUUUUAGGAUGCAAAUUUGCUAUAUUGAUGAUAUAACGCUGAAGGAAUUUUCAUUGAAAAUGAACGCUAGUGAUAUUUUUUAAUAUGGAUUAUAAUGAAUUAUCCGGAAAGGGAAGAGGCGAGUUUUCGGCGAGGAAGGAUUUAUCAGCUUCCUCGCUGCGCUGUAGAAUGGCUGGACCUUUUUAGGAUUGUCUGAUUAUAUAGUGACUUUUGCAGGGGUUAAGAGCAAAUUUGCUGCUGCCUUUUCGCUGAUGCUGAGAAAUGUGUGGAGUAUUGAAAUGUACUUAAGUUGCCGAUGAAGAUGAAUCUCAGAAGUGUGUUACUUCUAUCUGUUUGAGUUCCUAAUGCGCGUCAUCAGCGAAAGAUCAGCAGCGACUGUUGCUUGUGGUGACAGUUUAGCUUAGAGAUUUGAUGCCGGAUUUGGAAAUCCUUGAGUAGUUUCUUAGCCAGAGGCGAUAAUUGACUGGAAAGUGGCAUUAAAACUGUUAUUUAGCACUGAAAGAGAUCCACGAGAUCCGUCUUAAUCACAUUUUUGUGGUAACUUUUAGGAUUUUUCACUUCUCUUCCAAUUAUGCCGAGAAGAGAAGGAUUUUAGGCAAGAUGAAAAAUACAUAAUCUCAAAUUUCUCUAGUAAAGAAAGAAAAUAUUACCAUAAUAGGAAGCAUAGAAAGGAAAGACAUGAUAAUUCUGUAGAUCGAAAGAACAAUUGAUAAAAUACUCCAAAGUUACAUUUUUAUCCUCCAUCUUAAGACAUUAUGAUCCAAGAAAAAGACGUAUUUAUUAUUAAUGAGAAAAAAAUUUGUAGUUGUGCCUUGAAACAUCUAAAAAAAAUUGUAUUAUAUAGGAAUCUUAAUAAAAACACAACAUGAGAAAAGAUAAAA